CAGAUUUUAGCACAGCUCUAGUAAAAAAAAUGAAGCUUUUAUCCCCAAAAAAACAAACAAAAGGGCAAAAAGGCUAUGUAAGAAGGAUUUGUGUCGUUAGUGGAGAAAGGAAAGAGAUGUAAAAGAAGUCAUGGGUAGGGCUGGUUUUCACUGUUAUGGCUUCUUGUGAAACAUACCAUCAAUUGAACCAUUAUACACCAGUAGCGUUUCUCAAAAAAGAAAAGUGGACCCCUUAUUGUCUUCCUUCUUUGGAUAUAAUAUUCAUCAGUUCCUUUCAUUUAUCCUUUUUUUCACUAUUCUACAGUCCACAGUUAAAAAGAUCACCUGCUUAGACUCGGAGUGAACAACCCCAUCUCGUCUUCUUCCCUGAAAAGUACAGUGAAAGGAUCCUGCAGUCUGAAGAAGAAUAGUGUGAAGUCAUACCUGAAACAUUUACAAUGAGUAACAGCUUGUUACAUAGCCAUUAUUCGAGUGGUGGGAUCCCUUCAGAGAUUGCUGAGAAUUUUAAAGAUUUUUUUCCUGAUGAUGGGGAUUUGAGUUAUGAAGAAGUUCUUUUGCAACAGGAAACUGUUUACUUAUCAUUUCAAGCAAAUGGGAAAAACAAGAAUAUGAGCUCUGAAUACGGUCAAACCAGUAGCGAGCAUCAGUUAUCAGCACAAAAGGGUGAUUCUUCUGGAAGGCCUGAAUCACAGUUGGCUCUGGAUGAAGCUUUAGCUAGAUCAUUGCAGUUGGGAGAUGAUUUUGAGGAUUUCUGUAGAGAUGAGCUUAAUUCUACUGUGGCUGGCAUCAGGGAAUCCCCUCCUAGAGAAUCACCUCCAGUCAGGGCUGAGAAUCUGAACACGAGGAGACAAGAUGAUAUUGAUCCAGAUAGUAUGACCUAUGAGGAAUUGCAGUCUUUAGGAGAAGCUGUUGGCGAGCAGAGCAGAGGGCUUUCACAAGAUCUCAUACGUCGUUUACCAACUUUCAAAUACAAGACCGGAUUCUUCUCAAAGAAAAAGAAAAUGGGAGAGUGUGUUAUUUGUUAUGCUGCAUACAGAAGUGGAGAUAUGUUGACCACUUUACCUUGUGCACACAUGUUUCAUUCAGAAUGUAUUAACCGCUGGCUAAAAGAAAGAAAGAACUGCCCCCUCUGUUAUGAAGAGGUGAAAGAUGAAUGAUGAAUGACUUUGCAGAUCCAAAGCCUUGUUGUUCAACUGGAUCUGCCUUCAAAUUCACUUUUCGUUCACGUAAUAGAGGGAAUCAGCCCCCUUUAAAGACUUACUUAUAUUUGGUUUGUAAAUAGCCUUCUAGAUUGAUUCCCUAUAUUUAACUAUCUGGACAUAUGAAUGAGACCAUUCAGCAAACAAAACUGUCUAGUCCUGCUUCUGGUAUCAGCAUAUCUCGUUAAACAUUGACUUCCUUAUGUCUAAUAUAUAAACAACAUGAAUGUGACCAAUUUGCAGGCACAACAUUUUUGGUUGAGAUGACAUUAUAA